GGUGGAGGAAUUAGCAGGGCGGGGGAGGCGGGGGCGGGGGAGAAGGCGGCUCCUUCCCUGCCUCCCUCCUUCCCUCCCUGCCCCGCAGCUGCCCGCGGGAAGGGCUGGGAAGCGGGCAGAGCUGCAGAGCAAGGACUCGGAACCCCGCCGGGCGCGCCAGCAAGAGCGCCGCCGGGCCCCGGGCGCUUACAGGGCGUUCCGUCCACGAUGGCCACAGCGUUACCUCGGACCCUCGGAGAGCUGCAGCUGUAUCGGAUCCUCCAGAAAGCCAAUCUCUUGUUCUACUUCGAUGCCUUUAUUCAACAGGGAGGGGAUGACGUCCAGCAGUUGUGCGAGGCGGGAGAAGAGGAGUUCCUCGAAAUCAUGGCCCUCGUUGGCAUGGCUAGCAAGCCCCUUCACGUCCGAAGGCUUCAGAAGGCUUUGAGAGACUGGGUCACGAAUCCGAACCUUUUUAACCAGCCUCUGACAUCCUUACCGGUCAGUAGCAUUCCAAUAUAUAAGUUACCGGAAGGAUCUCCGGCUUGGUUGGGAAUAUCAUGCAAUAGUUACGAAAGGAAUAACAAUACGCGUGAGCCUCACUUGAAGAUCCCCAAAUGCGCUGCGACGACGUGUGUUCAGAGCGUGGGGGUGGGCAAAUCGGACGGCAUCGGGACGCUGUCGCUGCAGGGCGGCAACGAACAGAGACUGUGGCAGGGCCACCACGCCACCGAGAGCGAGCACAGCCUGUCCCCGACGGAGGUUGGCUCUCCGGCAUCGCCAAAGGAAAACCCGGAAACCUUGGACGUGGCCGCGGCUCUGUCGGUCACCGAAUGCGUCGAGCGUUUGGUCCCCACCCUCCCCAAAAGCGACUUGAGCGAAGUGAAGGAACUGCUGAAAAUCAACAAGAAGCUGGCCAAGAUGGUGGGCCACAUUUUUGAGAUGAGCGACGAGGACCCUCACAAGGAGGAGGAGAUCAGGAAGUACAGCGCCAUCUACGGGCGGUUCGACUCGAAAAGGAAAGACGGCAAACAUCUCACCCUUCAUGAGCUCACGGUUAAUGAAGCCGCUGCCCAGUUGUGUGUGAAGGAUAAUGCCUUGUUAACCCGGCGGGAUGAACUCUUUGCACUGGCCCGGCAAAUCUCUCGAGAAGUUACGUACAAGUAUACUUACCGGACCACCAAGUCUAAAUGUGGAGAAAGGGACGAGCUGUCUCCAAAGAGAAUUAAGCUAGAGGACGGCUUCUCCGAUUUCCAGGAUGCCGUGCAGAGCUUUUACCAGCAGGAUUCAGUCAGAAUUCAGCAGGCGUUGUCGAAAGGCAAGUGCGAAGACCUGGCAGAGCUGGGUUCUCAGCCCGAGAAGGUGAUGGCGAAGCAGAUGGAAUUCCUUUGCACCCAGGCGAAUUUGGAAAGGCGCCUUUCGACGGGUCUCUACAGGCAAAAUUCAGAAGAGCACGGCCUCAACGGCUUGACGUCGGACCACGCCGAUGGACAAGGCGAAAGGCCCUUAAAUCUCCACAUGGCAGGGCUGCCCAGCAGGCUGAUGCCUCACAUUGCGUUAGGCGGAGACCCUCAUGCGGUGAAGCCCCUCUGCGGCGACUUGAGCCGACUGUAUUCCAGCGGGGAGGCAAAGUCACAGUCUUCAGAGGGCCUCGGUAUCUUGAAAGAUUUCCCUCACUCGGCUUUCAGCAACCUUGAAAGAAAAGUCAUAAAGACCGAGCCAGAAGACACAAGAUAGCCAUACUUCGGGAGG